AUGCGAUGGCUAUUCUGGACAUCUGCAAAUGACAAGGAUGAUGAAUGCAAGUGCAACAAAACAGCAAGCUCCAAUAGUGACGAUAAGCCGUCGACCCUCCUAGGAUCCAAGAAGGAUUGGAACUCAUUAACCAAUGCUACGAACUGGUCACACUUCCUCGAACCACAAAAUCUCAUCCCUACCGUCCUCCUCACCAGCGGAAUCCUAUUCGCCGCUCGAAUACAUCGCAAAUAUCUACGCCGUAUUCCCGAAGCAACCAACAUAUCACCUUCCUACCUUCGACAGCGGAGCAUACUGGGGAAAGUCACGAGUGUGGGAGAUGGAGAUAAUUUUCGAAUCUAUCAUACACCCGGUGGGAUACUGGCUGGGUGGGGAUGGCUUAGGAAAGUGCCUACUUCUAAAAAAGAGCUGAAGAAUAACACUAUUCACGUCCGUAUCGCAGGCAUAGACGCACCCGAAUUAGCUCACUUUGGACGCCCAGCGCAACCCUUCGGCCAAGAGGCACAUACAUGGUUAACGAAUCGACUUACCGGCCUCAGAAUACGCGCCCACGUCUACCGCCCGGACCAAUACAGCCGUGUCGUGGCUACCGUGUAUGCCUAUCGAUUUCUAUUCUUCCCUCAGGAUAUUGGAUUGCAGAUGAUACGAGAAGGCCUGGCAACUGUUUACGAAGCCAAGUCUGGCGCUGAAUUUGGUGGAGCCGCACGCGAGAAGAAGUACAGAGAUGCCGAGGCAUUGGCUAAAAAGAAAGGAAAGGGACUUUGGAAAACGAAAGAAUCGAGUACUUGGGAAAGCCCAAGGGAAUUCAAGUCUAGGAUGAGCGCGGAGGACAAGGAGACGGGCACUUCAUGA